AUGGAUCAGAACGAGAAGGCAUUCCAGAAGCAGGACGCUGUGUUCCUCGGCUCAAAGCGUCUUCUCACCAAGAAGUCUAAGAAGGCAGCCUGCGGCGGACGGCGCCGGGAAACCGUUAUGGCUCAGAUGCUUGUGGAACCGGUGACGCGCAUCGUCACACCCUCCGGUCCAAGCGUGGCUGGAGGGAAUGUUGGAACCCCUCCAACUUCCUAUCUGCCGGAUGUCGGGACUCCCCCCAUCUCAGAGGCCAUGGGAGUCUAUGAACCUGCACCGGUUCCCAGCAUGACCAGCCAACCGUUAACAGUCUCCAGUGGUCCGGUGCCCAGCCACUUCUCGUUGCGUCUGGUGCCGACACCGCAGGUCCUACCAGCUGUGACGCUGCCACCGGUGACCUACGCCGUACCAGGCGCAUCCGUGGGCUCCGUGGGCUCCGUCUCGGUGCCACCGGCGGUACCGGUGACGUCGGCGCCCUUCACCGCUCCCAAGAUGAUGCCGGGGAUGCCACCGAUGCCCUUUCCCUUCACCAAGGAGUUUCACUUCACCGCGGAGCCGAGAUCUCCGCAAUCUCCACAAUCUCCGCCAUCUCCAAUCCUCCAAGAGAGGCGAUCCCUGGCUUCACAGAGAGCAGGAAGAGGAAAGUUGCAGGACAUGGCUGCUGAUGUGGAGAAGUUGUCCCAAGGGCAAGCGCAACUGCGUUCCGAGUUCGAGGCUCUGAAACAAAUGGCCCGGAGUCAAAGUGAAUCUGUGGAGCAGCUGAAGGGAAUGGAUCCUGGACCAACCAGAGUUUGGACGCCACGGAAACCCUUUGGUGAACGAGCAAAGACGGGUAGCCCGGGCCGCGCGCGCAAGGCCGGAGUCAGCGUCACAGAGGAAGCCGACCGCGAACGACCAGAGAAGGGUUGGGACGAGAGCGUGGCGGCGGCUCGCUACUGGCGCAACAUCGGUUUGGGCUUCCAGGUGCCCAAGGAGGCCAAGGAGGGACACUACGUGGACAAGAAGUGCCCCUUCACCGGGAAUGUGAGCAUCCGCGGUGCCAUUUUGAAGGGCAUGUGCAUCUCCACCAAGAUGAAGCGCACGAUCAUCAUCCGACGCAACUACCUGCACUACAUCAAGAAGUUCCAUCGAUUCGAGAAGAGGCUCCUUCGAAAGUCCAUGGUCAAGUCGAUGGUGAUCCUCGCCCUGGGUGCCCUGUGUCUCGGUGGUUUCCUGGGACUUGGCUUCGUUGCACCGCGGACGGCGUCGCCGUCGCCCGCGACGGCCGCGACGGUCGCGUCGCCAUCGGCGUCCAUCCAUCCUGGCGAGGCCUCGAAGUUCACCACAGGAGCUGCCGUGUGGCCCGCUGUUGCAAUGGUGGCCACGGCAGUUGGACUCUUGGCACGUGCCAAGCGCUCCAAGAUUGCCACGCGAUCCGAGGCUUUGCACGGAAUCUCAUUCAGCUACUCCAUGCAGAAGGAUGCCUAUGCUGACUAUGAGUUCCUGAAUGAUGUGGGCUACUUGCCAGAUGGCACACCAUUGAACAGGGCCGGCAAUUGCAUCAACCAUCCAGAGACGAUUGGACCAGAUCCACACACUCCUGGAUCGCCAUUGCCACGGGCCAAUUUUACCAACUCUGUUGGCUACCUCCCAGAUGGAACCCCACUGAAUGCUGCAGGAAAUGCCUUGAACCAUCCUGAAACCAUGCAGCCUGACACACAUGCACCGGGCUCUCCGUUGCCCAGAUCUUACUACGCUGCUGAAGUUGGCUACCUGGUGGAUGGAACCGACAUGUUGCGAGCCGGCAACCUCUCUGUGCAAGCAGGGGCCGCACCAGCACCGAUUUCCUCGAUGCCUUCCCCUGCUUCUCCUCCACCUGUGGCAGCCCCAACACCAGUGGCAGCCAGCUUUACAAGCACAGCCGAGGCUUUGCACGGAAUCUCAUUCAGCUACUCCAUGCAGAAGGAUGCCUAUGCUGACUAUGAGUUCCUGAAUGAUGUGGGCUACUUGCCAGAUGGCACACCAUUGAACAGGGCCGGCAAUUGCAUCAACCAUCCAGAGACGAUUGGACCAGAUCCACACACUCCUGGAUCGCCAUUGCCACGGGCCAAUUUUACCAACUCUGUUGGCUACCUCCCAGAUGGAACCCCACUGAAUGCUGCAGGAAAUGCCUUGAACCAUCCUGAAACCAUGCAGCCUGACACACAUGCACCGGGCUCUCCGUUGCCCAGAUCUUACUACGCUGCUGAAGUUGGCUACCUGGUGGAUGGAACCGACAUGCUGCGAGCCGGCAACCUCUCUGUGCAGGGCGGCGCUGCUCCACCUGCAGCUACGCCCGCUACGCCUGCACCGGUGCCGGUCGCUGCUGCCUUCGUGGGAUCCUCCGCCCAAACCAGCCCUGUGCGCCAUUCCAUCGGCUUUGCAUACGCGGUGCAGAAGGUUGGCUACUUGCCAGAUGGCACACCCAUGAAUCGCGCCGGCAACUGCAUCAACCAUCCAGAGACCAUUGGACCAGAUCCGCAUGCUCCAGGCUCCCCCCUGCCCCGCGCCUUGUUUGUGAAUGAUGUGGGCUACUUGCCCGACGGCACCCCGAUGAACAAGGCCGGCAACUGCAUCAACCAUCCCGAAACCAUUGGACCUGAUCCACACUCUCCUGGCUCCGCAUUGCCUCCAUCCGCCUACGCUGCGGAUGUGGGAUAUUUGGUGGAUGGCACACCUUUGGAUGCCGCCGGCAACAAUGCUGUGCACUAAGUGACACGAGUGACACGAGUGACACGAGAAGUGGCAAGUGACUAGAGUCUCACUAGAGGCAUGGCAGAAUAUGAUGCACGCAAAAUUGCUAUAUUUGGUGAGUCAACAAUUUCAAUGGCGGAGAGGUUUGGAGCCUUUCUGUUGCACUGUUGCUGAUAGCAAUGAUAGCAGUCCUCCUGGACCAUGCAGGGACACAGUGCACAACGACUCAAGAUUCUUUUGGUAGCAGAUGGCAUUGGCGAGAGCUAGGCUCCUACGCCAAGAGCCUUGUUCCAGACGUUUCCAUUCAAAAAGCCACAGUGGGAGUAGCGAUCGAAAUGCACUUUGGAUAUCAACAUAUACAGUAGAUGGAAGCUAAAACUCUGUAG